AUGUCCAGUAAUCCUGGCCAAAACGUGAGGAUAAGUUCUUCAACUACUCCAGGCACGAUAAUUCCGUGCUACGCCUGCAGUGCGAUACCUCCACACGCGACGGUUGGUUUUGUAACUUCGAGAUCAGGUUCUCAAUCAGAUACUUGGAUUUUCAGACGAGAUCAAUAUUUACAGGACACGUUCUGUAGAAGUUGUGGCGUUCAAUUGAGCCUAGAAUGCUCUUCUUGUCAUAACCGGUUGAGGUGAAUACAACUGGAGAAAAGGAAGUUGGAUUGAAUAUUCUGUUCUCAGACCUUUGGAUCGGUAUUGUCCCUCUUGCGGCCGGGGGCGGCUUGUUCUUGUUGAGAGGAUCAGAAGAUGUUAGUUUUUUCAUUAAUUAAUUAAUUAAAAAAAUGGUUUUCAAUUUUUUUAAAUGUAGGUCGGUUUUAAAAUUCCUGAAAUUGCGGAAGUUUUUAUUACUUUUAAACUAAUUAAACUAGAAACAACUUUUCGCCUCGAAACCUUCAUUAAAUUUUCCUUUACUCUUUUUAAAGAUACCAUGACAAUGAAAAAAAUGUAGGAAAAUAUAUCGAAAAUGCUUUUUAGCUGUCUAUAAUCAAAUUUUUUUCUUUUUAUAAACAUAAGUUCAAUCUAAUAUUAAAUUCAAAAUUCAAAAUGUUUAUCAACAGUAUUUACAAUUUUUAGCAAAUAGAGCUGCGGGAAGCAGGCAAUUCGCGAAAUUAAUAACACAAUACAAUACAAUACAAUAUACAAUACAAUAUUUAUUGGUUGUUUUAGUCAGAUGGUAUCGACUAGGCGAUGAAAAAUUGCUCUUUUGAGCGGCACUAACACCGCCUUUGGCGAAAAAGAAGUCAAAACGUGUAGUCGAUUGAAUUGAAAGCAUGAUCUUACGGUCCUUCGCCUCGUUCUUCCACAAGUUGAUCCCUCAGUUUCGCUUGUACGGGCACGGCGGUGAUGGUGGGGCUCGGACUCCGUGUACACUCUAGGGUAGCCUCGGCCGACUGAGAGAGCUACCACUUCGAGUGAAGAAAAUACACGGAAUACAAGAACUGAAAUAAAUUUAGUCUCAUUUAGAAGUCAAUCGGAGAACUUCCUGGUUAGGUGUCAAAUUCUCUUUUCUUCAAAUCUAACUUUUCCUGAAAUUUGAAAAAAAUUUUUUUGCUCAUAAAAUCGCUCAAGCUACGAAAAUAUAACUUUCUGCAGGAAUAGAAAAAAUAACGAAAUUUGAAAAAAUUUCGGACUAGUAAGUAGACUCUUCGAAAACUGGUCCUUCUUUAAAAAUAUCCAAGAAGCGUUUAAUUUUUGAAUUCCAAAAAAACCAAUGGAACCAGAUUAUUUUUUUCAGAUCACUAGGGUAGGUCGAAAAAAAGUCUUACCUAAAAAAACUUGAAAAAAAUGGAAAAAUUUUUUUCGAAAUUGCUAAGCCGUUUCCUAUGCAAAUUCUGCCGCUGAAUCCAAGAAUUUAACUUUAAAAAAUAAAAACUAACGCCAACAAUUUUUUUUUCUCAGGCCAAAUAAAAUUUUGAAGGCCUUAUGCGCUGUUUUCGAGCUUGGCACCGUCUAGCACUCAGAAUUUUUGAAUCAUAAAAUUAGCACUUGAUCAAAAAAAAAAAUUUGUUUUCUUUGCUUCUAUCAAAGUAUCUUUUUUUCCGUGAAUGGACUCUUUCAGUUAUGGUGUCCGGAAAUCCGGCCGUCGUUUUUUUGGCGUCGCUGUUCUCGCCGCCUCGUCUUGGCUGGCACUUCGAUAUGCCCCUACUGCCCUUAUCAAGAAGAUGA